CAAAUCUAUUUCUUAGCAAGUGGUUUUAUUAUUCUGUGAAUACACAUUGAGUACAUGUCCUUGUGGUAUAUGAGUCCGCGGUCCAGGCCGUGAUGACACACGCUUCCGGAAAUAGUGACGUCAUGAUCGUGGAAAAAGUAGUGCGCGUGGGAAUGUCGUAUUGUUAGAGCUGUUAUAAAACUGGUUGUCAAUCAGAAUUCUAAUCAUUCAUUUGAGGAUAAACACCGGAGUAAUCUCGUACUUUGUUGCAGAGCCAAGAGGCAUUAAUCAAACUAUUUAUCGUUAUUGUAACUUCAUAUAAUUUAAAUAUCUAAGCUAGUUCAAACCUUUAAGAAGUGUUUCAGAGAGCAACAUCAGCAUAAAGAUUCAGAAACUCGGACAGCUAACGUGAAGAAGAAAUCAACCAGAUAACUUAAUUUUUAAUUUGAUAUUCGAAAAUAUCAAACAUGCAUCGACUAAACAUUUUACAUCAAGGAUGCGCAUCAAGGACUCCAACACCUUAUUUUUUACAAUGCAUUGUGAUAUGUGCAGCGCUUACGAUCGUAUCUGCUAGUAAUCUAUUUGGGGCCGAUAUAAAAGAAGAAAAGUCGCUAGCAGCCCUCUCAAGUAGUGUGGAUUACCUUUCAAAAUUUGGAUAUCUCCCUCCACUUGACCUGACGAAGGGUGAGCUUAGAACAGAGAAGUCUCUUGUCAGCGCCAUCGAGGUUUUCCAAAGGUUUGCAAACCUUCCCGUCACGGGACAGGUGAACCAACAGACUUUGGACCAAAUGACGAAACCGCGUUGUGGCAUGCCUGACCUUGUCGGCACGUCGGAACAGAUGAAGAGGCGCAAGCGAUAUGCACUGGCGAGGAGUAAAUGGGACAAAACAGAUCUCACAUACAGAUUCCUGAACUACUCACCCGAUCUAGACCGGGAACAGAUCAGGUCUACAAUAGCAAGGGCAUUCAACUAUUGGGCUGAAGUUACUCCACUGACCUUUACAGAAAUAGAAGAUGCAAGCGAAGCAGACAUCUACAUAUCCUUCCGCCGUGGUUACCACGAUGACGGGUACCCAUUCGAUGGUAUUGGUGGUGUGUUGGCCCAUGCUUUUUUCCCAGGCAAUGGGAGGGGAGGAGACACACAUUUUGACGAGGACGAACCAUGGGUCAUUGAUUCCAGUGAUGGUACUGAUUUGUUUUGGGUAGCUGUGCACGAAUUUGGACACGCUCUGGGGCUUGCGCACUCGUCUGUAAGAGGAUCUCUCAUGUACCCCUGGUACCAAGGUCACAAUCCUAACUUUAAACUCCAUGGGGAUGACAUUGGCGGAAUUCAAAAGCUUUAUGGUCCAAACCCCGGCACGCACAGGACAACACCCGCACCUAUGCCUAAAACAGUAAAACCCACCAGAGCCAUCUCAACUGAAGUUCCCUACACGGUCGACGCUACCACGCCAGCUGUAAGAACAACUACGACAAAACGAGCACCUGUAGAGACUAACAAACCCGAUCGCCCUGACCCAUGUAGUACAGACUUCGACGCUGUGGCUAAGAUCAGGGGAGAAGUCUUCAUGUUCAAGGACAAUUAUUUCUGGAGACGUAGUAUCCGUGAUGCGACAGGGGCCAGUUACAACUAUCCAAUUCCCAUAAAGUCGUUCUUCAUUGGUUUACCCGAAGAGUUCCAAAGUGUCGAUGCAGUCUACGAGCAAAGCGAUUAUACAAUUGUGUUUUUCAAAGGUGAUAGGUAUUGGAAGUUUGAUGGCAACUAUCUUAAGCCUAACUUCCCCAAGCAAGGUAGACCACUCGAAGAUUUCGGUCUUCCCUCUUAUCUGACUGCUUUGGACGCCGCUUUCGUAUGGGGAAACAACGGGAAAACAUAUUUCGUCCGAGGAAGGAGAUUUUGGAGGUAUGAUGAAUAUUCUGAGAAAAUCGAAUACACCAAGAGCAUGUCCGGAUGGAAAGGAGUCCCAGUGCCAAUAGAUGCCGCUUUCCAGUUCUGGGAUGGCCGAACCUAUUUCUUCAAGGGAAGGAAGUUUUACCGUUUCGAUGACGAGAAUAUGCGCGUUGAAGAGGGGUAUCCCCAGCCAUCCGGUCCCUUCUGGAUGGAUUGCAGAGAAGCAAGGCCUGGGCAGGUCAGCGCAGCUACAAAGCAACAAAUAUCGCCGUUUAUAACAGUAUUAUCCCUCGUCUCCAUGACAAUCACAUUAAUUUUUACUGGAAUGUUAUAAUACUUAUAUAAUACUGUAAUAAUACAACAGCAUUAAGUAUUUUACAAAUGAUCUUAGUAGAACGCAACUGUGGUUUGUUCACGAACCAGUCGUCAAUGGCAGCCAUGCAUUGGUUACCAUAGUAUCAACUAUCCAAGUAAAUGGAUGUUGCUGUAGCAACCAACCUAGUAUUAAAUUUUUAAAAUAAGGUUGAAAUACUCUCUUUACGCGGGAUAUCAUUUCCUCUAUUCAAUUACACAUCAAUACGACAAAGUGAUGCUUUCGAUAUUGCACAAAUAUACAUUUUUAAGAAGAUCGAGAUGAUAUCCGCCGCUAAAUAAUUGAGGGUUUCUCUGAAAAAUCAUAAGUGCAUGCGUAAUUCCAAUCCUAAAAAGGACACGAGGGGAUGAUUCUCAUUUAACAGGGUCAAUGCGUUUCUAUAGAAGCGUUGUUUUUAAAUCAUGGGGUACUAAAACUACUCCAUAACUUAUGGCUUAGAACGUGCAGUUAAGUCCAAAUGGACUACAGUAUUGUGUAUUGCUUUACUUUACAAAAUACUUAUGGAAUAAUAUAGACCUUAUAUGCUAGACAUAUACUUUGUGAAUAUUCGUAGUAUUUAUAUCAGAAGUUCUCAAUUCUUACCUUAUGCAUUUGUAUCAUUUAAUAUACAAAACUUAUGCUUUGCAAUAUAUAUCUCCUGUAUGCAUCCUUUGUAAAUACGUUUUGAUAUUUAUUUAUUAAUGUAUUAAAUAUGUAUUAAAAUUGUUAAUGUUAUGUGUAAAUUAAAAAUAAAACAUGUUAUAUUUACAUAAGUCACAUAUUAUAUGUAAUGUGUAAGUUUAAAUACACAUAUGUUAUAUGUACAUAAGUCACACCUAUGUUAUGUGUGAAAACAGACAUAUGAAAUGUAUACAUAAAUCACACACAUGUAAUGUGUAAGUUAAAAUACACAAAAUGUGUACACAAAUCAAACGCAUGCAAUGUGUAAGUUAGAAUAAACACAUGUAAUGUGUAGGUUAAAUCUAUUUCUGUAGCCUCUUUAUUAACAUGCAUGAAUAGUGUGACCUUAGUUCUAAACAUGUAUAGAGUUUAUUUUUUAUAAAACCUAUAAUAUAUUAAAUAUAUUUGUUCUUGCAUCAU